AUGUGGAGAGCUCAAUCCACAGGAUGCUUGGCUGCCUAUCACAGAGUCCAGGAAUGGGAAUACCAUUUCUGCUACCUUCCAUUUGAUCUCUUCAGGAAUUGGAAUUCAAGCCCUUUUAUUGCCUCUUGCAUUUGCCACUCUUGGAUGGAGCUGGUGUUGUUGGUGCUGAGAGUUUAUGCUCCGAAGAUUUACCAUACUUCUUUGAUAAGAAACGAAACAGAAACAAAAACAAAAGAGAAAAAGAAGAAGAGAUUCCUGGAAGGACCUAGGGCAUGGGGAAUCAUAUGUUUGUCACUAGCAUUUACAUGGCAGCUCUACACCACAUGGCUUCUCGUCCAUCUACACGAAUCCGAAUCUGGAAUUCGAUAUAGCAGAUACCUCCACCUUGCAGUAACAGCCUUCGGUUUAAAAUUAGGGAAGUUGCUCACUAUCUUCCCAGUAAUGUACCAAUCAGGGGGCACAUGUGUCCAGUUGAUCAUCAUAGGAGGUGGAAUCAUGGAGCUUUUCUUCAAAAAUGUUUGUGAUGUCAAGUCAUUGAAGAAGUUGUAG